UCAAUUAUUAUCGUACAUAAUCUUUUAUAGAUGACAUUCCAUCAACAUCGACGGAUAACGUUAAUAUAUGUAUAGAAAGUCAAGGAAAAGAUAUUGAAAUUCUAUUUACACUAAAAGAUUCUGUAGACUAUCCUAAAUACAACUAUACCUAUCUUUAAUACAUUAUAAAUGUUUAAGUAUGUUUAAACAAUCAUUGAACGCGGAGGGACCCCGAUUUGGCAGAAAAGGUCUAUUUUAUAAAACAGUGAACACGGUCCUGAUCCCCACCACCAUUCGAGUGGUUUCAGCAUCAACGACAAAAGACAAUCAAAUUACAAGAUGUCAGACCAAGAGAUGGAAGUGGUCAAAACAGAUGAGGGGAACAAAGAAAGCAAAGAAGAAAAGAAAGAAGAGGAGAAACAAGAAGAGAAAGAGAAGCCGUCGUCGUCGUCAAAAAUAAAAAAAUUACUAAAAAAAAUUGUACAUGGCGGUGGCCACCGUAGAAGAAAAUGGGGUGGCCGCCGCGGAGGAAGAGGAGAGCGCGGCGGCAGAGGAGGACGAAACGUAAUUGUAAAUUACUAUUGAAAAAUAAUAAA